AUGUCCGGUCUCGUUCCCGAUUCCAUGCCAGAGGUCUCUGUUUUCAUCGAUCCGUAUUCUGGAGGGGCCAAACCAGACCUCGAAUCCAAAUCAAAGAAAGGGCCAUGGCAGAAAUUUGUGUCUUUCAUCUGGGAUGCCGAUUUCUACGAUAAAUCGGAUGCCGAGCGUCGUCUUGUCUUCAAGCUCGACUGUUUUUUGCUCCCCGCCCUGACCUUGGGUUGGUGGGUGAAGAAUCUCGACCAGAGUAACCUGUCUCGCGCUUAUGUUUCCGGUAUGAAAGAGGAUCUCAACAUUCUCGGCAACGAAUAUACUUACAUGACGACCAUCUACGCCGCCGUCCUAGCCGGCAUGCAACUGCCGAGUAAUUUUAUCGUCAUGAAGGUCCGCCCUGCACUAUUUCUAGGUCUUGCGGAAAUCGGUUGGACAAUCUUCACUUUCGCUCAGGCAGGCGCUAGGUCUUAUCAAGCCAUGUACGGUUUUCGAUUUUGUAUCGCCUUUUUUGAGUCUGCCUACUACCCAGUGGCAUACUUUCUACUCGUCACCGACCGCAAAGAUUGGUACACUCGUCCUAAGCUCGCCAAACGUGUCGCCCUGUGGUACAUUGCCCAGUCUGCUGGGAGCGCCCUUUCUGGUUUCCUUCAAGCGGGUAUCUAUGAAAGUAUGGACGGUUUGUCGGGUUUGGCUGGCUGGAGAUGGCUUUAUGUCAUCUGCGGUGUCAUCAUUUCCCUGAUACCACCCGCUCUUGGUAUCUGUCGACGGAGGAACGGGAGAACGGACGCCGUCACUGGGAAGAUUGACAAGGCAUCAAUUAUCGCAACGAUUAAGACUUGGAAAUUUUGGUUGUUGGUUCCUUGGUUCACCGUCUACGCAUUGUCUGGUCUCCCGAAGGGUCAAAGCGGUGUCUACCUCAAAGCCUUCAAUUAUAGCCUCUGGCGUCUAUUCCCCGACGCAGUUCUUGCCUUUUGGGGUACGAGCAAUCACUUGCGUGUCUCUGCGUUCUUGAUCAGCGGUACAACCGAUGUAACUCCUCUUUUCUUCGCUUGGGUAUCCGACAUUUGCAGAGGUAACACAGUUCAACGAGCCUUCAUCGUUGGUUCCAUCACCGCCUUUUGGUACGCGACUGAUGCCUGGAUUGAACCUAUCAUCUACCGCCAGACUGAUUCUCCUCGCUUCAAGAUCGGUUUCCAGACGUCUUUUUACCUCAACAUCGUUUCGGUAGUGAUGCUCGUCGCCAUGUCGAUCCUUCAACUACGAGACACCCGUGCGGAGCGUCGCAGGGAGUUGGAAAAGCAACGCGAGGUCGCUUCGGAUCUCGUAGAGGAAGAGUCUGAAGCCAAGGUGUAG